AUGAGUUCAAGGGAUGGCGUUGGUGUGACAGAAAUUGGACACGAAAAUGAAUCGCGAUCACUCGUGGUCGGAUAUGAAGAACCAGGUUCUUACAAAUGGAGCAUCAAAUAUGUUAUUUCUAUGGAACAUAUUAUUGCAAUUAUGAAUCUGUCCAAGAAUUGUGAGCAGUUUAUAAAAUAUGAAUGUCGUGGAAGCUCCAUUCGACACGGCGGAAGUCAUUAUGGUUGGUGGGUAUCGCGUCAAGGUUCGAAGAUGAAUUACUGGGGUGGAGCCGCAGUUAAUAGCAGUGGAUGUGCAUGUGGAAUGACCGACACCUGCGCUGGUGGGCGAAAAUGUAAUUGUAACGUCAAUGACAAAACAUGGCGUGAGGAUAGUGGGUACCUGACAGACAAGAAUACGCUUCCUGUUACUGAGCUGAGAUUUGGUGAUACAGGUCACGAAGGAGAGAAAGGAUAUCAUACACUGGGAAAACUGCGAUGUUGGGGUUAG